ACAGAAGUUUAUCAUAUUCUCUCUCCUCUCUCCAUUAUCCGUCGUCAUCGGAAUUCAAUUCAAUCCCCGUUGUUCUUCGAUCUCAUUCAUUCAUUGAUUCAUAUAAUAUAAUCAAUUAGUGAAGAAGAUAGAUUAGCUAGGAAUCUAUGCAUUGUUUAUGUCUGAUUCUCCGGUGGAGAGAUCGUCGGACCUAGCUUGUCUCGAUUGCAAGGAAGGACGCGGUUUCGAUGGAUCUGAAACUCGGAAGACGACGACGACGACGACGACGACGACGCAUAAGUCAGACGGUAUUCGAUUUCAUAAUAUGGCGAAACAUUUACUUAGAAGAAAGAACAGACAUCGCGGCGGCAAUUGGUCGUCAUCGUCGUCUACGCAACAACGAAUCGGAAGUUCUAACAAGAGAAACGGCGGUGGAAGCAAGACGAUCGGUGGUUGCUGGUGUUUCAAGGAAAGCACAACAUUGGAAUCGUACGUUGAGUCUCAAAUAAGCGAUCCGAAUGGAUCGGAAUUCAAUCACGAGAUGCUUAGGGUUUUGAUUGAAAAAAAUGAUUUCUAUUCCAAGGAAUGCAAUUCUCAUCUGGACUAAUCAAUCAUGCUUGGAUUUACUGGUAAGUUGUUAGAAUUGAACAUUUCUUUCUUGAUAAUGGAUGCUGAUUGAUAUUAUUACUUGUGGUUGGAUUAGUGAUUGUUGAUUGAGUGAUAAAUCUUUGAAUCCUUGAACAAUAAGGAUUCAAUAUGGAUUAUAUUAUUAUUGUUGAUA